AUGGCUGCCAUCGCGUCUCGUGUCCAGGCCUCCAUGGCGGGCGCUGCCCAGGCCAAGGCCUUCGUGAGGCCUUCGGCUCCCAAGACCGUCCGUGUGGCGGCCUCGGCGCUCGGCCAGAGCUCGUUCGCGGGCGUCAAGGCCUUCAGCGCGCAGAAGCCGCGCUCCAUGCGCGCUGCGUCUCGCCGCCAUGCGGUCGUUACCAAGGCCAAGGUUGGCGACAGCCUGGCUGAGUUCCUCGUGGACGCGACCCCGGACCCCAAGCUGCGCCAGCUGAUGAUGAGCAUGGCCGAGGCCACCCGCACUAUCGCCUUCAAGAUCCGCACCGCGUCGUGCUCCGGCACCGCCUGCGUGAACAGCUUCGGCGAUGAGCAGCUGGCCAUCGACGUGCUGGCCGACAACCUGCUGUUCGACGCGCUGCGCUACUCGCACGUGUGCAAGUGGGCGUGCUCCGAGGAGGUGCCCGAGCCCGUGGACAUGGGCGGACAGGGCUUCAGCGUGGCGUUUGACCCCCUGGACGGCUCCUCCAUCGUGGACACCAACUUCAGCGUGGGCACCAUCUUCGGCGUGUGGCCCGGCGACAAGCUGAAGGACAUCACCGGCCGCCAGCAGGCCGCCGCGGGCAUGGGCAUCUACGGCCCCCGCACCGUGUACCUCAUCGCCAUUGCCGGCUACCCCGGCUGCCACGAGUUCCUGCUCAUGGACGACGGCAAGUGGAUGCACGUGAAGGAGACCACCGAGAUUGGCGAGGGCAAGCUGUUCGCCCCCGGGAACCUGCGCGCCACCUUUGACAACCCCGCGUACGAGCGGCUCAUCAGCUACUACCUGGGGGAGAAGUACACCCUCAGGUACACCGGCGGCAUGGUGCCCGACGUGUUCCAGAUCAUCGUGAAGGAGAAGGGUGUGUUCACCAACGUUACCUCCCCCUCCACCAAGGCCAAGCUCCGCAUCCUGUUCGAGGUCGCCCCCCUGUCCCUCCUCGUGGAGAGCGCCGGCGGCGCCAGCAGCGCCGACGGCAAGUGCGUGAGCGGCCUGGACAUCCCCAUCCUGGCCUACGACCAGCGCACCCAGAUCUGCUACGGCUCGAACUUCAAGCUGAUCUGGCCGAUCCAGGAGAAAAAGCAGCAGAAGGAGUUUUACCAGCUGAUCCACCAAUGGCUCAAGGAGCUGAAGGAUGCGGGGACCCUGGAUGCGGUGUCCGCCACCAUCACAUCAUCCAUGCGCGCCGCCAUGGGGCCCAGGCUGGUUUCCUUUCUCUGCGACCUGACGCACGUCGCCCUCGCCGCGGAGCACGCGCGGCUGUGCCCUAGCGACGACGCGCCCUCCUUCAAGAGCAGCACCGCGCUGCUGGACGCGGACUCUCGGCUGGUUCAUGAGCUGGCGCAGCCGCUGCUGGAUAUUGCCCGCGCCCAGUCGCAGCUGCACGCGCAGCGCUUCGCGGCAGAGUCCGCCGCGGCGGCAGAGGAGGAGGCGCGGAUGGAAGGCGCAGCGGGUCGGCUCAAGGAGGCGUACUAUGCGCUCGCGGCUCAGAAGGCGUUUUUGGAGCAGCAGCUGGCCGCCAAGGGUUUACCUCUGCCUGACGACACUGCACGUCCUCGCGACUCGAGCUGCGCCCCCUGCGACCCCCUCGCGCUCCCGCUGCCGCCCGCCGCGCCGCCGCCCCCGGCGCUGGCCGCGGCGCGCGACGAGGCGGCCGCGCUGUGGCGGCGGCUGGAGGGCCACCUCGACCGCUUCAACGACCUGCCCGACCUCGUGGACAGCGUCGUGGGGUCCGAGGUUCACCCCUACGCGGUCGACGGCGCCAAGCUCCGGGCGCUCGCGGGCCUGGGCUCGGCCAGCAGCGUGGGGGGCGCCGGCUCGCUCGCCGCGGCGUCGGGCGGCGGGCAGGCUGGCGCCCCGGAGGUCGACGUGGUCGCGCUGCUCGAGGGCUGGCUGGACAGGGUGGAGGCGCUUGAAAGCCACGUGGCGCAGCUCGACGGCGGCGGCGGCAGUGGGGUUGGCGGGGGCGAGCCCACGCCGCUGCUGGCGACGGCCGACGCGCGGAGCCACGCACCGCACCUGUUUGCGCAGCUGGGGGUGCACAGGUCGUGCCUGCAGGGGAUGCGGGCGCUGGAGGGGGCGCUGGAGGACGAGCUGGCGGCCACAGGUACAUAG